UAGUGAGUGUCGGCCAUGGUGAUCUUCAAUAAGCUCAUAUCUCUGACUUCAGUCCUGAUACUUCUGCUACUCGUUUAUUUUCAUUUCAUAGAUCAGUUAGAAGAGGUUGAAGCAAUUAACGAAAAAGCUGUACAGGAUCCUGAAGAGGUGACAUCAAUGGUUAUGAUGAGCAUCAAGAACAGCACAGAGAGGAGGAGGGAAUUGGGUUAUUUCUCAUGUGGAACAGGAAACCCAAUCGAUGAUUGCUGGCGAUGUGACCCCAACUGGCAACGCAAUCGCAGGCGUUUGGCAGACUGUGGCAUUGGGUUCGGCCGGAACGCCAUAGGAGGCCGUGAUGGCCGCUUCUACGUGGUUACCGACCCUGGCGAUGACGAUCCAGUCAACCCACGUCCGGGAACCAUCCGCCAUGCUGUCAUUCAAGAAGAACCGUUGUGGAUUGUGUUCAAACGGGACAUGGUGAUCACACUGAAGCAGGAACUAAUCAUGAACAGUUUCAAGACAAUCGAUGGGCGUGGGGUUAAUGUCCACAUCGCAAAUGGUGCCUGCAUAACAAUUCAAUUCAUCACUAAUGUGAUCAUUCAUGGUCUUCAUAUCCAUGAUUGCAAGCCCACAGGUAAUGCCAUGGUGAGAAGCUCUCCUACCCAUUUUGGUUGGAGAACUAUAGCGGAUGGAGAUGCCAUUUCCAUAUUCGGAUCGAGUCAUAUUUGGGUAGAUCAUAACUCACUCUCAAACUGCGCUGAUGGGUUAGUUGAUGCUGUCAUGGGUUCAACCGCGAUUACCGUUUCCAAUAACUUCUUCACUCACCACAACGAGGUAAUGCUGUUGGGUCAUAGUGAUUCCUAUACUAGAGACAAGCUUAUGCAAGUCACUAUCGCUUAUAACCAUUUCGGAGAAGGUCUUAUCCAGAGAAUGCCGAGGUGUAGACAUGGCUACUUUCACGUGGUAAACAAUGACUACACACAUUGGGAAAUGUAUGCUAUUGGUGGAAGUGCUGAACCCACCAUCAACAGUCAGGGUAAUAGAUACCUUGCCCCAUUCAAUCCUUUUGCCAAGGAGGUGACGAAAAGAGUUGAUACGGCCCAAAGCCAAUGGAGGGGAUGGAAUUGGAGAUCAGAAGGUGAUCUUCUUCUUAAUGGAGCUUAUUUUACUCCAUCUGGUGCUGGAGCUUCAGCUAGCUAUGCAAGAGCUUCAAGCUUGGGAGCUAAGUCUUCUUCCAUGGUUGGUGCCAUAACUGCCAACUCAGGCGCUCUUUUAUGCCGCGGAGGCAGGCAGUGCUAGUCCAAAUCCCCAGCCAAAAAACCGGGCAGGGUACAGUUUAAUUUUUUUCAUAUCUCCUAUAUACGUGUGUUAAUUCUCUUGGAAUCAAUAGCUGCCUAAGUAUUUGGCCUUCGGGUCAUAGGAAUUCAGUGAUUCGGUAUUCUUCGUCUCCUGUUAUCUUUUUUUUCAUACAAUUAUAAGAUAUAAAGUAAGUGUGAAUAUUGAACUUUUGAGUUAUGAGUAGAAGAAAAGGUGAAAAAGGAAUCUGGGUUUUAUGAACAA